AUGUUUUUAAAAUUGUGUGAAUAUGGGGCCAGUGCCUUUAGAAAGGUUAAACAUGUGGGCGAUGUACGUGUAAUUUUCUCAGACGAGUUUUGCAUCGGCAGAGGAAACGAUGGAACACGUGUAUUUCUUGGACUGCGAAAAGAUGGUUACGGCAAAGCUGUGAAACGAAUACAUCGAGAUAACUUCAUCGAGCUAACACGCCGAGAAAAGGAUAUUUUGAAUGAACUCAGCGCAAAGGAAUCGAAAUAUGUUGUGAACUAUUCAUAUUUAGAGGAAGACAAUGACACGGAAUAUGUGUAUUUAAUAUUAGACUUAUGCGAGGAAUCGUUGGAGAGUUUUGUGAAGUCUUCUACUUUGUCUGAUCUUCAAAAAGCUCUUCCCGAAAUUCUCAGACCAAUUUUGCAAGGAUUAGCUUAUCUUCAUAGUGGCCUGCAACCUAUUCUUCAUUGCAAUUUAAAACCUUCCAAUGUUCUCCGAGACUCACAAGGCAAAUUUCUCAUAGCUGAUUUUGGCAUAAAAGCCAAUUCUAAUGUGGGAACUGAGUUUUGGAUUGCUCCUGAAUCAUAUUGUAAAGAAGAAGAUUCGUUUGAUAAAGGUCGUUACAAAACAAAGUCGGAUGUAAUGGUGAGUGUGGGAAUUUACUGCAUCGUCAAUUUGAUUUUUCCUUAA